AUGGCGUUAAUGAAGUUAUUUUCGUUAACUAAGUCAACGUUCACUCCUGCAAUCUCACUUGGAAUUAGAAAUUGUAGCUAUAAAGUAGUAAGAAGUCCAAAUAAACUACCAGAAGAACACACAUAUGCAGAAAUUACGGAUGAUUUUGUUAAAAAAGUUUUACUACAUGAAUUCCUUCAAGGUUUGAGUAUUGUUUUUGGUACAACAUUUAAAGAACCAGCCACAAUUAAUUAUCCUUUUGAAAAAGGACCAUUAAGCCCAAGGUUUAGAGGUGAACAUGCUUUAAGAAGAUAUCCAUCUGGUGAAGAAAGAUGCAUUGCAUGUAAAUUGUGUGAAGCAAUAUGUCCAGCUCAGGCGAUAACUAUUGAAGCAGAAGAAAGAUCGGAUGGAAGUCGAAGAACGACUAGGUACGAUAUCGAUAUGACAAAAUGUAUAUAUUGUGGAUUUUGUCAAGAAGCUUGUCCAGUUGAUGCAAUUGUCGAAGGGCCAAAUUUUGAAUAUUCAACAUUCACCCAUGAAGAAUUAUUGUACAACAAAGAAAAACUUCUUGAUAAUGGUGAUAAAUGGGAAGUAGAAAUAGCAGCCAACAUUGAAGCUGAUCAUUUAUAUAGAUAA